AUGGUAGGAACAUUCCUGCUGCAGGUCCUUCUCUUCCUGUGGCUCCAGUUCCCUCCAACUGAGAGCAAGGAACACUCUGCUAGAUGCACCAUGAUGGAGCCUUUCCAGCUUCCAUACCAGAAUUAUCAGAGAGGGGACCUAAUCAUUGGAGGAAUUGUUUCUUAUUCUGGCUUUGUAUCGGAAGAAAAAGAUUUCCAUGAGCCCCCAAACACAGAGCUCAUAGAUGAACUUUUUGGAGCACCAAAGUACUACCAGAAUACUCUCUCCCUGGUGUUUGCUGUCAAGGAAAUAAACGAGAACCCUAAUAUCGUACCAAAUAUGACCUUUGGGUUCCACGUCUACGACAGCUACUUAAAUGCAAGGAUGACUUAUCAGAACACCCUGAAACAUCUGUCUAUCACAGAAAAGAUUGUCCCCAACUUCAAAUGUGAGAAGAAGAAAAUGAUAGCUGUUAUUGGGGGACUUGACUCUGACAUCUCUCUCCACAUGGCUACUCUCCUAGGCAUCUACAAGAUUCCACAGAUCGCUUACUGUGUCUUAGCUCCAGUGAGAAGCCUGGAGUUGCAGCCCCAGACAUUCUACCGAACGGUGCCCAAUGAGAAAUAUCAGUAUGCAGGGAUUGUCCUGCUACUUCUACAUUUCCAAUGGACAUGGGUAGGAAUUGUGGCAUCCGAUGAUGAAAAUGGAGAGGCCUUUAUGCAAAGCUUAGUGCCAAUGCUUUCCCAGCAUGGAGUCUGCACAGCUUUCAAUGAAAAACUACCAGCCUUAUCUCAGGGUCUAGAUCAUUUAAUUUCCCUGGAACUCCUUCGCGCCAAGUUCUCUUUCCUGAUGGCCUCAGGAGUCAACGUAUUGGUUCUGUGUGCAGAACCUCAGACCAUUACAGUUGUGAAAUGGAUGCAAUAUUUCUAUUCAGUAGAUGAAGACAUUGCAGAGAAAUCUACUGACACCGUGUGGAUUUUCACAGCCCAGUGGGCUUUCUCCUCAGAAACAACGCAAAGGUAUUUUGAUAUACAAGUCUUUGAUGGUGCCUUGUCCUUUGCAAUUCAUACAGAGAAAGUCCAGGGAUUUAAGGAAUUCCUUCAGACCCUGAACCCCAACUCUCCAAAUGGAGAUGGCUUCAUCCAGGCUUUUUGGCAACAGGCAUUCAACUGUUUAUUUUCCGCUUCUAAGGGCCACAAGGAAAGCACAAACACCUGCACUGGCCAUGAGAGUCUGGAGAGCCUUCCUGGGCAUAUUUUUGAAAUGACCAUGACUGGCCAAAGUUACAGUAUCUAUAAUGCGGUUUAUGCCAUUGCACAUACUUUACAUCAGAUGCACUCAUCCAGACCGAAACACAGAAUGAUGGCAGACAGAAGUGGGCUCGAUCCUCCAAAACUGCAACCUUGGCAGCUGCACUCGGUCUUGAGGAGUAUCUCCUUUAACAACAGUGCUGGUGACUUAGUGUCCUUUGAUGAGAAUGGGGAAUUAGCAGAUAUGGAUUAUUGUUUCCCAUGCCGAGAUGAUCAAUUUCCAAACAAGGACAGAGAUCAAUGCAUCCCCAAACGCCAACAUUUUCUUUCCUACACAGAACCUUUGGGCUUCGUUUUAGCUUCCUUGGCUCUGUUCUUUUCUCUGCUCACAGCUUUGAUCCUUGGCGUCUUCUCUCGGAAUGGGGACACUCCCAUUGUCAAAGCCAACAACCGGGACCUCACCUACACUCUGCUUCUUGCCCUGUUGCUCUGCUUUCUCUGCUCCUUGCUCUUCAUUGGCCAGCCUCACCCAGUCACCUGCUCUUUACGACAAGCUGCUUUUGGCAUCAUCUUCUCCAUUGCGGUGUCUUGUGUCUUGGCCAAAACCAUCACGGUGCUUCUGGCUUUCAUGGCCACCAAACCAGGAUCCAGGAUGAGGAAAUGGGUGGGGAAAUCUCUGGCGAAUUGUCUUCUUCUUGGUUGCUGCUCCGUUCAAACCAGCCUUUGUGCUGCUUGGCUCUGCACGGCUCCUCCCUUCCCAGAUGUGGACAUGAACUCUCUGAUGGAGGAAAUCAUUGUGGAAUGCAACGAAGGUUCUGUCACCAUGUUUUAUUCAGUCCUGGGUUAUCUGGGAUUCCUGGCCAUGGUCAGCUUCACGAUGGCUUUCCUGGCCAAGAGGUUGCCGGACACUUUCAACGAAGCCAAGUUCAUCACCUUCAGCAUGUUGGUGUUCUGCAGCGUUUGGCUGUCCUUUGUUCCCUCUUAUCUGAGCACCAAAGGAAAGCAGAUGGUGGCUGUGGAGGUCUUCUGCAUCUUGGCCUCCAGCGCAGGUUUGCUGGGUUGUAUCUUUUCCCCCAAAUUGUACAUAAUUCUUCUGAGGCCCGACUUAAACAGCAAAGACCAAUUAAUUCUCAGGAGCAAAUAG